AUGUUUUACCAACCAAGUGUAAGUAUUCUAUCCUUCUUGAUGUUGCAAAUGAUUAAUCCUAAUUUUUUGUAGUAUCGUAAUGCUGGCCAUGCUGGGCUCCAUCGGAAUGACCAUGAUUAUCCUGGCCUGUGCUCUGCCGACAUACAAAGUUUGGUGGCCAUUCUUCGUUGUUUUGUUCUACAUACUGUGCCCCAUUCCGACGCUUAUCGCCAAACGGAACCAGUCAGAUGACGAUGAGUCACGGAUCACGAACUCGAUGUUUGCCACUAUUGGGAUUGUCAUCAGUAGCUUUGCUUUGCCAAUUGUGCUGGCCAGAUCUCUAGUGAUUCACUGGGGAGCAUGUUAUUUAACACUCGCUGGAAACACGAUUGCCUAUAUUACCAUUCUGGGAUACUUCUUCGGGUACGAGUCAGGAGACUCUUGGUAAAGAGAAUAGCCUUCCCGUAAUCCAAAGUUCAUUGUGAGUCAACAGUGAGAAAUUCCAAACGUUUAGAAGAGGGGAUCUGCUUUAUUUGUAGGGAUGUGUUCUCAGAUGGAAAGUGUAUAACUUUUCGAUCAAGUCGUCUGAUAUCAUUUUGUUAAAUUUUAUCAUUUUAAUAAUUUCAUGUUCUUGUAAUAUUCAUUAGAGUCGAACAAAAGCUUCUAUCAUAGUAACUGAUCAUACUAUUAAAUGAACUAUCGAACUAAUUCAA